GCCACACUGUGGAUGCUGCUCUCCUGACUCCCCUCUGCCCCGGGGAUCCCAGGAGCCUCGCUGACCCGGGGCAGCCUCCUGUGCCCAUGGAGCAGCCCGAGGUGCCGGGCAGCACUGCCGACACAGGGGGGUCUGGGAGCACAGCCCCCCCUGGAACAGAAAGCAGCACUGCACAGCCUGCCCCCACUGUUGCCACCAAUGCUGUCCAGGCUCAGAACAGAGGGAAGGAAGAGCCCAUGGAGAAGACUGUGGGUGCUGCAGGAGAGCCCCAUGGAGGGACAGCGGAGCCCGCACAGGAGAAAGUGCCAACUGCUGCAGGGAAGGAAGAGCCUGGGAAGGAGGUGGCUCCGGGUGCUGCUGCUGAGGCUCAGGGUGCAGAGAGGGAGAAGGCUGUGCCUGAAGGAGGGAAGGCAGAGCCUGAGCAGGAGAAAGUCCCAAAUGCUGCACCGCAUUGGGAUGGUGGGGAAAAGGGAGCUGCCAAGGAGGGGGCUUCGGCUGCAGAGACCAACAGAGGGAAGGAAGAACCUGCAAAGGAGAAAGCCCCAACCGGAGAGUCCCGAGGAGAGACAGCAGAGCCCACUCAGGGGAAGGGCUCAGCUGCGGCAGGGGCUCAGGAAGAACCUCCAAAGGAGAAUGCCCCUGGUGCUCCAGGAGCUGAGGCUGGAGGAGAAGCAGAGCCCGCAAAGAAGGCUUCGGCUGCAGUAGAGGCUGAAAGAGGGAAGGCAGAGCCUGCAGGGUCAGUCCCGGCUGCAGCACCAGCCCAUGGUGAGGGAGAGCCUGCGAAGGAGCAGCCGGCUGCUGUGAAGGCCGAGGAUGGAGGGAAAAAUGCUGCAAAGGCAAAGAAAAGCUCGGCUGCGAAACAGCCUGCAAAGGAGAAGGCCCCUGCUGCUGCAAAAGAUGGAGGGAAGAAACCCACAAAGGUGGAAAAAAUUGCAGCGGUGACAAAGGAUGGAGGCAAAGAGACUGCGAAGGAGAAAGCCACGGCACCUGCAAAGGAGAAGGCUACAGUUGCUGCACAGAAGCCCCCAGCUGCAGUGAAGGCUGAGGAUGGAGGGCGGGAGCCCACAGAGAAGGCCCCGGCUGCUGCAGGGGCUCAGGGCGAAGGGGAGAAAGAGGCCAAUGCAGAGCAGACAAACAAGGAGCAGCCACCGAGGGGGUCCGAGCCCACACGCCCAACUCUGAUGCAGAGCCUGAGCUGUCCAGCCACCUGUCAGAGAGAGGAGCAGCCCGGGCCGGAGGUGGCUGCGAUGGAGACGAUCCCAGAGGAAACCCCAAUGGCACCAGCAGGAGAGGAGCCCACCCCAGCCCAGGGGGACCUGCAGCCCCCAGAGCAGCCCAUCCCUGCGGGCAGCACCGCCGUCCCACAGGAGAGGACAUUGCCUGGUGCCGAGGAGCAGCCCCAGGUCGGGUCAGAGGCCCCUGGGCAUGCAGAGCAGCCGGGCCCUGGGGCCACGGGGCAGCCAGCUGCGACGGUGGCAGAGCCACCACCCAGCCCCUACCUCACCCCCGAUUUUGGGAAGGAAGAUCCCUUUGAGAUAUUGGACGACGUCCCCCCUCCGCCCGCACCCUUUGCGCACCGCAUCAUCACGCUGCGGACGGGCAGCGUCAGCUCCCAGUACAACCUCAGCUCCAAGGAAAUCCUAGGGGGAGGAAAAUUCGGUGAAGUCCACACGUGCACGGAGAAGCAGACGGGGCUCAAGUUGGCUGCCAAAGUCAUCCGGAAGCAGGGAGCCAAGGACAAGGAAAUGGUGCUGUUGGAGAUCGACGUGAUGAACCAGCUGAACCACCGCAACCUCAUCCAGCUCUAUGAUGCCAUCGAGACGCCCCGGGAGAUCAUCCUCUUCAUGGAGUUCGUGGAAGGCGGGGAGCUCUUUGAGCGCAUCAUCGAUGACGACUACCACCUGACAGAGGUGGACUGCAUGGUGUUCGUGCGGCAGAUCUGCGAGGGCAUCCGCUUCAUGCACCACAUGCGCGUCCUCCACCUCGACCUCAAGCCUGAGAACAUCCUCUGCGUCGCUGCCACUGGGCACAUGGUGAAGAUCAUUGACUUUGGGCUGGCUCGAAGGUACAACCCCGAGGAGAAGCUGAAAGUGAACUUCGGCACUCCCGAGUUCCUCUCCCCUGAGGUGGUCAACUACGAGCAGGUCUCCUACUCCACGGACAUGUGGAGCAUGGGCGUCAUCACCUACAUGCUCCUCAGCGGCCUCUCCCCCUUUUUGGGUGACAACGACACCGAAACACUCAACAAUGUCCUGGCGGCCAACUGGUACUUUGACGAGGAGACCUUCGAGAGCGUUUCUGAUGAGGCCAAGGACUUCGUCUCCAACCUCAUCAUCAAAGAGAAGAGCGCCCGGAUGAGUGCAGGGCAGUGCCUGCAGCACCCCUGGCUCACCAACCUGGCGGAGAAGGCCAAGCGCUGCAACCGCCGCCUGAAGUCCCAGGUGAUGCUCAAGAAAUACGUCAUGCGACGGCGCUGGAAGAAAAACUUCAUUGGGGUGUGUGCUGCCAACCGCUUCAAGAAGAUCACCAGCUCGGGCUCGCUGACGGCGCUGGGUGUCUGAUUGUGGGCGGGGGCUGAGCGCCGUGAGCUCGGGCCAGACUAUGGAUUGGGGCCGUGCCCGGGUCCGGCUCCUGGACGCAGCAGGAUCUGUAUGGGGGCGGCCCCACCUGCAUCCAUCCCGCUGUGGGGCAGAGGGCUGGCACCAACCCCGCUCCAUCCCCGGCCCUGCUCCAGCUCUGCCGCGUUCCGCGUGGCCGCUGCGCUGGUACCGGGUGCUGCGGGGCUGCUCAGAGCACAGACUCUGUGUGCUCCCCGACUGAUCCCACCCUUACGGGCUCUCAGGGCCUGAGCCAUCCCCAUCCCCACAACGCUCCCCCCCGCAUUCCCACGGCCGUGCGGCCACCGUUCCCCGCACUCGUCGGUGUUCCGCCCACACCACACUCAGCGCUCCCUGCUCGCAUUUCUCUCCUUUGCCUUUGGGGCGGCCCGGGAUGAGCCCCGCCGCACGGGCAGCCCGUGCGCUCCCCAUCACCUCGCACCCCCGCUUGGCACUCAGCUCUGCCUGUAAAUGCCGCAGCAGCGCCCCGCGAUCGCUUCGUCGGACCCUUUUUGCAGUGCCGGGCUUCUCUCCCGCAGCGAUGCCGGUGCCACGGUGCGGGGAUGCUGGAGCAGGCGGGGACCCACACCCCGGCGCUUGGCACAGGACCGGCGCUGCGGCCGCUCCUCCCCGCCGGAGGAAGCCGGACUUGGCCCCGCGCUGCCGCUCGCCGGGAGGGCUGCACAGGAAGGGAGGAAGCGCCGAGCUCGCUUCCAGGAGCAUCCAUCCCCAGCUGGGAGCCGGCGAGCGAAGAAGGAGCCUUUGUGUUGCUGCUCACCCCUGCCCUCCGCGCUGCCAGCGGGGGAGCAGCGCGGCCGCUCCUUCACGCGUCCCCGCCAGAUAAAGGCGUCCUAAUGCGGAGCAGCUGGCCGCGCUCCCCCCGCGCCGGAGGAUUGCUUCAGCUCUGACCACCAACACACAGGAACUGCCGCCCGCCAGCGUCCCCCCGCCGCCAGCGUGGCCGUGCCGGGGCCGCGGGCGCUGCUCCGCUUCCCACCCACCCCUCGUCCCCUCCUUCGUCUCCGUGAGCCCCAACCUCGUGGCGCAGGACUGGCGCCGCCGCGCUCCCCAUCCCUGCAGCUUUGGGUUUUGCCGUGGGGUGAGGUCUGUGACGCGGGAGAGCCCACACCGCUGCGUUCGGCUUCUUGUAAAUAAAUGUACAGGUCUGA